GAAAUAAAUACAGGUCAAAAACAGCAGGCUGCUAUCGGAUCACUUCAGCAGAACUCUGACGAUGAAGCUGCUGUCGGGCCUCCUCCUUCUCCUGGUUCCCAUGGUGACCAGUUGCUAUAAGCUCAUCCUUCCGCUGGACUGCAGCGACAUCUACAACAGUGAUGGCACCAAACUCAGUGGAGUGUACACCAUCUACCCCAUCGGGGCCACGUCUGCUGUCCAGGUGUACUGCGACAUGGACUCGCUCGGAGGAGGAUGGACGGUGUUCCAGAGGAGGAUGGACGGCUUGGUGAACUUCUACCAAGGCUGGGACCAGUACAAGAUGGGCUUCGGGACCGCUGGUGGAGAGUACUGGCUCGGUCUGGAGAAUCUCUUCCACCUCAGUCUGCGGAAGAAGUACGAGCUGCUGGUUGACAUGGAGGACUUUGAAGGGAACAAGGCCUCUGCUCGUUACUCCUCCUUCUCCGUCGGCCCAGAGUCCUUUGGAUACACACUGCAUGUGUCUGGAUUCACUGAUGGAGGGGCAGGAGACUCUCUGAGUGUUCACAAUGGACACAAGUUCACCACAUUCGACAAAGACCAGGACGCCUCGGGGAGUAACUGUGCCAGAACCUUCCUGGGGGCGUUCUGGUACGGCAACUGUCACAGUACAAACCCUAACGGGGUUUACCGCUGGGGGGCUGAUGCCACCAUCAGCGAUGUCGGAGUGGAGUGGUACACCUGGAAGGGCCACGACUACUCCCUGAAGACCAUCAGCAUGAAGAUCCGUCCGGUUCAGUAGACCUGCAGGACAGAGCUGAUCUCUCCUUUCUCUCAUCUGCCGUGUAAUGCCAUGAUCUUUGAAUGUAAAACACGGAGCACAGGCUUACGUGAAGAUUUCCAACUUAAACUCCAAUGAUUUACCUUGACAAU